CAGGCGGACGUGGUGCUCUUCGUGCUCGACUGUCGCAACCCGCUGCUGUUCCGCUCGGAGAGCCUGGAGGCGCGCAUCGUCGCUAAGGGCAAGCGCUUCUUGUACGUGCUGAACAAAAUCGACACUGGGCUGACGCAGCACGUCGCAAAAAUCAAGGUGACGAACCACAUCAGCGUGCUGGACACGCCUGGCGUGCUGCUCUGCGCGCCGGAGCGGCUUGACGAGCUGGAACGUGCCAUUCGUGCUGUUCAGAUCUGA